CUCAUCUGUGGAAACGUCAAACGUAUUGUACCAUGUCAGGAAGAGGCAAAGGAGGUAAGGGACUCGGUAAAGGAGGCGCCAAGCGCCAUCGCAAGGUUCUCCGUGAUAACAUCCAGGGUAUUACUAAGCCCGCCAUCCGCCGUCUGGCACGCCGCGGUGGCGUGAAGCGUAUUUCAGGCUUGAUCUACGAAGAGACCCGUGGUGUACUGAAGGUGUUCCUGGAGAAUGUCAUCCGUGAUGCCGUGACUUACACCGAACACGCUAAAAGAAAGACCGUGACCGCCAUGGACGUGGUCUACGCUCUGAAGCGCCAGGGACGUACUCUGUACGGCUUCGGCGGCUAAAACAUCAAGUACAAGUACCGAGGAUCAAUACAAAGGCUCUUUUAAGAGCCACCCACAUGUUACGUAUUAGACAUGCUUCCAUAAUACAGGUGUUCGGUGUCUAAAUUGAUCAACCCUUUAAAGUGAGUUGUGUAUCUAGAACGCAUCCGAGGUGACUAAUUCAAAAUGAACAACUGAGUUGACUGGCCUGGUUUCGUCCCCCAGUUUUUGGCGCACUUUUAAUUUCAAUGCAAUACCAGUCUAGGCUAGAAAUCCAUCUAAGGCUAAUAAAGCACCAACUAUACUGAAACGUUCGAUUUAUAUUUCGGUGGUCAUUGCGGAUCCGAAGCAUUUGAGCAAAGGGUAUUGUAAAGGGAUCAUUACUCACGCUUCAACUGAGGCUACUUGGGCUAUAACAUGUAUAAAUGGGUUAUCUUAGCCGGACAGGUUUUACCGAGAUGCAAUGGGUUCAAAUCACCCGGUACUGUCCGUCACUUUAGAUAGUAGCAUCUGCUCAAUGAAUGCUUUAUUAAAACAGUUGUAGAAAACAUUGACUCAAGCCUGGAUGCAUGGGGGUUUGCAUUGUACUGCAACUUAACAAAGCUUCUGACGUCAAUAACCACGUGUUUCGGGUUCAACUAGGCGGUAAACUGCCCAGAGAUUUCGUCGUAACUUCCGAGCUUGAUCCCUUGAAGUGUAAAAGGUACUUCGAAGUGUAAAAUGGUUUCAAAUAUAUCCUUUGAGUAAUCCUGACUGUCAGUUUAUGAUUACUGAAGGAUAAGAGGGGUCGGUAAAUCCCACGCACGCGCAGUAGAUUUCAGAAUAUCUUGCAAAAUUCACUUCCCAGCUGUGUGCUGCGACUAGCAGGAGGCGUGCCUUAAAAUGUGCAUGUCUCCCGGUACAUAAACCGGGUAGCCAACCAGCCCUCAUCAUUCGUUUCUGAGAAGCAACGACAACUGACAAUGCCUGAACCAGCAAAGCCCGCGCCCAAGAAGGGCUCCAAGAAAGCCGUUUCUAAGACCGCCGUAAAGGGCGGGAAGAAGCGCAGAAAGUCUAGGAAGGAGAGCUACGCCAUCUACGUGUACAAGGUACUGAAACAGGUCCACCCCGACACCGGCAUCUCAUCCAAGGCUAUGGGAAUCAUGAAUUCCUUCGUCAACGAUAUUUUCGAGCGGUACAUACAAAUACAAUACAAAAAAUAUAAAAUAGUACAUUAUGACAUGGAAAUAG